CCUGUCAAACCAGAGGCCCUGUGUCAACAGCAGAGGGAAGAAGAAGAGCCGUAGAGGAGGAAACCAGAAAGUAACUCUGCUGCAGACAUGGACCUGCGGUCUGAGCUGCUAAAGUCCAUCUGGUACGGUUUCACAGCCCUGGAUCUGGAGAAGAGCGGUAAGGUGUCCAAGUCUCAGCUGAAGGUACUGUCCCACAAUCUGUGCACAGUCUUGUGUAUCCCACAUGACCCUGUCGCUUUGGAGGAUCACUUCAGGGAUGAUGAUGACGGUCCCGUUUCCAGUCAGGGUUACAUGCCUUACCUCAACAAAUACAUCUUGGAUAAGGUUAUUGAAGGCUCUUUUACUAAGGAAAACGUGGAUGAACUCUGUUGGACUCUUACGGCAAAGAAGAACUACCAGACGGACAAAACCAGCAGCACAGUUCUGCCAGAGAGGGAUGCUUUUCGGCUUUGGUGCCUUUUUAAUUUUCUCUCUGAGGACAAGUACCCUUUGGUUAUGGUUCCUGAUGAGGUGGAGUACCUCCUCAAGAAGAUAUGCAUGUCUAUGAGUAUCGAAUUCAACUGUGUUGAAUUAGAAGACUUCUUCUCCCAGGACUCAGUGCAGCAGACCGGCAUCACUGUGUGGGUUUUUCUGGAGAUGAUGAACUCGGGAAAGUUAACCAGAGGAAUCGAUAAGAGCAUAACCAGUAUGGCCAUAGAGGAAGUUUACAGGGAGAUAGUUGGUGAUGUCCUCAAAGAGGGUUAUCUGUGGAAGAAAGGCCAGCUGAGGAGAAACUGGAAGGAGCGCUGGUUCACUUUGAGGCCGAGCAGCUUGUCCUACUACACCGGGGAGGACCGCAAGGACUGCCAGGGAAACAUAGUCCUGGAUGGGAACUGCUGUGUGGAGGUAGUAGGUGAUGAAAUAGUGUUUGGUCCUUCAGAAUGGAUCAAAAACGCCCUUUUCCCUGUGCUACCAGACCGGGAUGGGAAGAGGUGCAUGUUCUGUCUGAAAACACUCUCCAAGACUUAUGAGAUGAGCGCAUCCGACACCAAACAGAGACAGGAGUGGACUACAGCUAUCCAAACAGCUAUCAGGCUGCAUGUGGAGGGGAAAACGUCCCUCCACAAAGAUUUGAAGUUGAAGCGGCGUGAACAGCGGGAGCAGCGGGACAAGCGAUGCCACGCCAAAGAGGAGGAGCUGCAGAGACUGCGGGCCCUGCAGGAAGAGCGGGAGCGGGGGCUGGUCGAGCUAGAUCUCCUCAAGGAGGCGCAAAAGCAGGCUCAGGCCCUCCUGGAGCAGGACGAGCAGCGGAGGCGGCAGCAGCACGAACAGAUGCAGCGGGCCCUGGAGGUCCAGCUAAAGGAGGCCGAGGAGGCUCGGGUCAGUAUGCAGGCUGAGAUGGUUCUGAAGGAGGAGGAGGCCGAGAGGCAGAGGAAGAGGAUCCAGGAGCUGGAGGAGAUGCAGAAGCGUCUGGAGGAGGCGCUGCAGCUGGAGAUCAAGGCCAGGCGGGAUGAGGAGGUCUUCCGCUACGCUCAAGCAGGGUUACUGGCCGAGGAGGAAGAGAAAAUGAAGGCCCUGAUGUGCCUGCAGGAGGAACAGGAGGAGUACAUCCUGAAGACCCAGAGGGAGAAGCAGGAGCUGAGACAGGAAAUGGAGGUUAAGUCCCGGUCCCUGGAUGAGGCUCAGAGGCAGCUGGAAGAGGUGCGGGCCAACCGGCACAAAGUGGACCAGGAUGUCGUGGCUGCCCAGAGGAAACUCCGCCAGGCGAGCACCAACGUCAAACACUGGAACGUCCAGAUGAACAGACUGAUGCGACCCAUCGGACCAGGCGAAAAGAGGCCAUCGUUGGGAAGUUCCUUCGCAAGCUUCCAGAUCCCGACACAGAGAGACCCCGGGCUGCGUAUCAGGAGGAAAUCAGGAUCAGAGGAUCAGGAUGAGGAGAGCAAAGAAAACGUUGACAACAGCGCUGGAUGUGAUUUAGAGAAACGGCACUCCCAUGCCUCAAAUGGAGACAUGGACAUCCCAUAAAAACAUGAAUUUAGAGGCUACGUAGGUUUCUGAAAAGGAUGGUACGAGAUUAAAACAGUGAAACAUCUGCACUUAAAACCGAAUUAACUACCAAAAGUACUACUGUUCCUAUUAAAUGUUGAAUUUACUGACUUCAUAUAUCAGAAAGAAACAAUUUUUAACAUUUUAGCAAGAAGAUGCAUUUGCAGAAGCAACUAAUUCUUUGAAUGCAGCCUGUGUGAGGCCUGUUCGGGACAUAAACCAUACCUCAGUGCAAAAAACAUGAGCUGUAAGCAAGAUCCUGAAAUAACUAAUUAAGUUGUGAAGUUUAAAGGCUAAUACUUACAUACAAUACAAGGAAGCUCAUCUGUUUAACUCUGUAAUAUAGACACAUAACAACAUUUCAUUUUUAAAUGUGGAUUUUUUGGAGUGGAAGGCAGCUUGACUUUUUUACGUAAAAAGUUGGAUCAGUAUUAGAGUUUUCAGUCGAUGAGUAUCACCCCUGAUAAACAGGAAAGAGAGAGAGAGAGCAGCUCUCAUUGAACUUCCUGUUUCUGUUGUCGGUUAACAUAAUUGUAAAUAAAAGAGUGAAUUGAUUCCUUAACCUGA